GUGCGUUAACCGCUUCAGUACACAGUAUCUUAUGUAGCCUAAGAGGAAAAAGAAGUGGUAAGAAGAAGAAGAAGAAGCAGGCGACGAUAACAGAUCCAACAUGGCGGCGCUCUUCGCUACUUCCCGUGUCCUCGGAAAGAAGGUUUUAUCUUCAAAAGCCUUGCCCGCCGGAUGCCCCGCCAGCCUACGCAAACUUCACUUCAACAUUUAUGGGAAAAGAGGAAACGCCAAAGUCUCAGAUGCUAUCUCCACACACUACCCGGUGGUAGAUCAUGAGUUUGACGCUGUGGUGGUGGGGGCAGGAGGAGCUGGACUGCGUGCUGCAUUUGGAUUAUCAGAAGCUGGCUUCAAUACGGCGUGUGUCACCAAGCUGUUCCCCACGCGCUCUCACACUGUGGCUGCUCAGGGCGGGAUCAACGCAGCACUUGGAAACAUGGAGGAAGAUGAUUGGCGCUGGCACUUUUACGACACGGUGAAAGGAUCUGAUUGGUUAGGAGACCAGGAUGCUAUUCAUUACAUGACAGAACAGGCUCCUGCUGCUGUGGUAGAGCUGGAGAACUUUGGCAUGCCGUUCAGUCGUACAGAGGAUGGACGAAUCUACCAACGUGCAUUUGGAGGCCAGAGUCUGAAAUAUGGGAAAGGAGGUCAGGCUCACCGUUGCUGCUGCGUGGCUGACAGGACGGGUCACUCCCUUCUUCACACGCUCUACGGACGAUCUCUGAGAUACGACACCAGCUAUUUCGUGGAGUAUUUCGCUCUGGACCUGCUGAUGGAGGAAGGGAAGUGUGUAGGAGUCAUUGCCUUGUGCAUGGAAGACGGUUCGAUUCACCGCUUCAGGGCCAAAAACACAGUGAUCGCUACAGGAGGUUAUGGACGAACGUAUUUCAGCUGCACAUCAGCCCACACUAGUACAGGAGACGGCACCGCCAUGGUAACCCGCGCUGGCCUGCCGUGCCAGGACCUGGAGUUCGUUCAGUUUCACCCCACAGGUAUCUACGGAGCCGGGUGUCUGAUCACAGAGGGCUGUCGUGGUGAAGGUGGAAUCUUGAUUAACAGCGAAGGCGAGAGGUUUAUGGAACGUUAUGCUCCGAACGCUAAAGACCUGGCCUCCAGGGACGUGGUUUCUCGUGCCAUGACCAUUGAAAUCCGUGAAGGAAGAGGUGUAGGACCAGACAAGGACCACGUCUUCCUCCAGCUGCACCACCUCCCACCUCAGCAGCUGGCUUCCCGUCUUCCAGGAAUCUCUGAAACGGCCAUGAUCUUCGCUGGAGUGGACGUGACGAAAGAACCCAUCCCAGUCUUACCCACAGUGCACUACAACAUGGGCGGCAUUCCCACUAACUACAAGGGACAGGUCAUCACUUACAAAGAUGGUGAGGAUCAGGUAGUGCCAGGGCUGUAUGCCUGCGGUGAAUCCGGCUGUGCCUCUGUACACGGUGCCAACCGCCUGGGCGCCAACUCGCUGCUGGAUCUGGUGGUGUUUGGCCGCGCGUGCGCUCUCACCAUUGCUGAAAACAACACUCCAGGAGAGAAGCUCGAACCCCUGAAGUCUAAUUCUGGAGAGGAAUCGGUGGCAAAUCUGGAUAAAAUCCGCUUCGCUAAUGGAUCUACAAGGACUUCUGAGAUCAGGCUUAACAUGCAGAAGACUAUGCAGACUCAUGCAGCAGUGUUCCGUACUGGAGACAUCUUGAAAGAAGGUUGCAUCAAGAUGGACUCCCACUAUCAGAUGAUGGACGACAUCAAGACAUUUGACAGAGGUAUUGUGUGGAACACGGACCUUGUGGAGACUCUGGAGCUGCAGAACCUGAUGCUGAACGCUGUGCAGACCAUCCAAGCGGCCGAGGCUCGCAAAGAGAGCAGGGGGGCUCACGCUCGGGAGGAUUUCAAAGUGCGUGUGGAUGAGUACGACUUCUCGAAGCCAUUGCAGGGACAACAGAAGAAACCUUUCGAAGAGCACUGGAGGAAACACACUCUGACAUACACAGAUCCAAAGACAGGAAAGGUCACUCUGGAGUACAGACCUGUCAUCGACGAGACUCUGAACAAUGAAGACUGCGCCGCCAUUCCACCUGCUAUCCGGUCUUAUUAAACUCAGACGCACCUUUUCCUAUUAUUUAUCUGUAACAUACUCCAUCCAAGUACGUGACAGGAUGUUUCUGUCCAUCUCUGGCAUUCUAGAUGACACUGUAUUGCUACUAAAAACAGACAAAAUCUAGAACUGAUGUAAAAAAAAAAAAAAAUGCAAAUCUAUCGUUUCCUGCAGACAUGAUUAAAUUCCACAUGUGCUCGUGUUCCACUGAAUCAGCCUCGUUUAUCAUCAUAUCAACCUUGAGUGACUUCACCUCAUGUUAUAUGGUCACCUCACACACACACCAAGUGAAUGAACACCAGCCAUUUCUUUUUAAA